CUAUUUGCACUUUAAUGUGCUCAAAUAUCUUAAAUAGUUUCCGAGAAGAAAAAUAGUAAAGUUUUACGGUUUCACCCUCAUAUCUCCCUUAUUACGGGUGGCAGAGGGUUGAAAUUACACACAAUUGUUAUUUAGGCAAAAAGCAUCGUGUGGUAUAAAUAUCAACCGAUAUUGUUGCUGGGGCCGAUUCACUAUGCUUAUUCUGCUAGAUCCUUUCGACCGGAGAUCAUUUUAAAAUGUCAUUGUGCAAACGGAUUAAAUAUCCAGUUGUGAUCUUUGCCGAUACCACUGCAGUUUUCACACACGAACAGCGGUUUAUCGCACCAUUAAUCUUGGAAGCAGAAGGAAUUUAGUGUGGCAAAAUUUCAUGCAUUUUCCCGAUGAUCGGAUCGAAGGAAAAAUUUCCAAGAAUUCCCAGAAUGUCCGAGCUCGAACAAGGGUUUGAAUUGUUUGCAAAUUUAAGUGAAGUGGUAUAAUAUAAUCAUCGGUAUUAAUACCGUAUCGAUACCGUACAGUUCGUCGAUCGAUUUCGGUGCUAGGUAGACGGAUUAUUCUUCCCUCGUGAGAACAAUACAUCGUUCAGCUGGAAGGUCUUCGAAAGAGGAUAAAUAUUGUUUUAUUGUGUGUCGUCGUCGCGGUGGUCGUUGUCGAGGCUCGUUCCAGGUAAAGUUGUAAGUAGAAAUUGACUGAAACUUCGAUUUCCUAGAAAUACACAAUGGCCAGUCGAGUUCUAUCGAAACUAGAGAAUAUUUGCAUUUGUAAAGCAAAUUUGCAUGCUGCCUUUGUUCAGAUGAAAAUUCGUAUCGACAAACAUAACUGUGUUAGAUCUUGUGCAUUGAUUUUGUCGAACAAUAUUUUGGACUUCAUUUUCACGCUUACAAACAUUGAUAUUUUAUUGAUUCCUUUUUCUUUGAAAAAUCGAAGAAUCAUAAGUAUGAAAUACGAAUUUUAUUCUUAAAUUAUUAUGCAUAAAAUUAUUCAGAUUUAAUGAAAGAUAGAAGAAUAAGCAUGAGCUACCCCCUCUUCGCUCGAAAUUUCGAAGACACCUAAUGGAAGGGGUGGCGUACGUGCCCCUCGAUCCUCCGCCAGGUACAAAAAGGCCCAGUAAUACCUGCGGCCCUCAUUUAAUAGUAAAAUUUCAAGGUGUCAACUUCAGUCAGUGUCAUAGGCUCGAGUGGAAAAAAGUUCGCAGUGUACAGACUUAAUUAGUGAAUUAAAGAAAGGGUUGUGAUAAAAUGUGAAUUGCAUGCUAACGAGCUUGAAGUCGUUUCGAAUUUAAUUCUAAUUAUCUGGAUUAAUUCGCGAAUACAAGAACUUAUUGACGAAAUAAUCGGUUUAAAAAUGAACGCGUUUCUGCAGCGUAUGUUGAAGAAGAACAGCAACGAAGAGCUGAACGUGCAGAAGGAGAAGGAAAAAGUGGAGGAAGAGAAGAAGAACGAGAGCGGAAGGUCAGGUUCGUCGAAAGGAAACUGGAUCAGGAAGCUCGGGAAUUAUUCACCGAGCAAGUACCAAGCUCCAUCCGGUCCCACGAGGACAAAUACUAUGAGACCUUUGGACACUCUGUGCAACAGCUACGAACAAAUAUCCCCUGCGAAAACUUUAGACUCCCCGAAGACUCCUUCCGAGAUGCCAGACCUGGAAAGUAUUAUUCGUGAAUUCGAAACGGGCUUUCUUUCGCCUACCAAGUCGCCGGAUACUAGCAUGGAGUUGUACAAGCAGAAGAACUUCGUCAAGAAGAUCGUAGCAGCGUUCGAGGUGAAAUACAAAAGUUACAGCGACCUGAAAGCAGCUCAAGAAGCGAACGAACACCACGAUGACUGUUGCACGAGGGUAGAAACACCAAGAAGAACAAACAUCAUCGAUAACGAAUUCAAGAGCAACUAUGAAGAAUCAAAGCAACGUCAAGAUGCUGAAGACUCGGGGGAAGUGAAGAAUUCAAGAAGAUCCGGGAUUUUUGGCUCUCCCUUCAAGGUCUCCAUCGAGGAGAUCAAAGUUCCUGAAUCUAACAAACCUCCUCGAGAUGGGAUUAAAAAGGAAAGCGGGGUAUCCAAGGAUCGGGGUGAAAAGUUGAAGAACCGUAAGAAGUCUCUUUUCGGUAGUUCCAGAGAUUCGAGUAGCUCGUCGGAAAUUUAUUCGCAUCCCGUGGACGUUGAUUGUCAGGAACCGAGAGAUUCCAGUUCGGACAGUUCCUAUGUCUUCAAGUUUGACGAGAAAGUUCAAAGAUCGAACUUCCUGUUCAAUCCUUUGAACGUGCCUUCGUUGGACGAUACGAUUACAAUGGAUGGCAUUGAUCUCGAUCUGACAUUACCAGAACCAGAAGAGACCAUUCUGUUGGAGGAGGAUACUUUACCGAAGACCAGCACGAUGAUCAACGAGCACCCAAAUUACACAGACGACGAUGACGAUUGUUUUAUUCGAGAAAUAUCCAAAGUGGACAGGGCACCAAAGAUAGUCGGGGCGUUCUUGAAGGAGCCAAUCGAAGUGGAGGACACUUCCAUCGAUUGGAUACCAAUUACUGGGAAGAAACUACCACGGAAGAGAUCCCUGAAGAAGUUGUUGAACGCGUUGACUGGAAAGAAGUCCUUGGAAAAGAGAAGCAAACUGUUUUCGUCCGAGAGAAAUUUAUACGAAGAGCCGCGCGAACUUCAAGAUUCUGGUUACGACGAGAAGUCUUGCUCUUCGUCUUCUCUGAAUUCGUUGAUCUCGAUCACGGAGGUACUGCUGCAACAGGAGAAUAGUUACAUGGAAGCUGAGAAGAGAGGAGGCUGUCUGACGACGUUUAAACCGAGAAAUUCUACAGACGAGGAGGAGGAAGACGAGGUGUUCUCUGACACGUAUCGUUGCAUCGAUAAACGAAACAGAAAGAGAUUGAUGUUGACCGAGGUCCCACGAAACGAGGUGAAGGUAGAUCUUGGGCCUGCCUACCCUCCAUUCCCAAAGUUCUUUACAAAGUCCUUGGACCGCAAGAUGAUCUCCAAGAAGAUUCACUCUCCUUCUCCAAUUUGCUCAACGUUAACCAGGUUACCAAAGCAUCCUCACCUCUCGACAAUGCCCAAACAUCCUUUUGUAUCUAUGACUAAGAUAGAUGAGCCUCGAGAGACUCCGAACAGCCAAGAAACUCACAGCAACGAGGAGCCAUCGGUGAUCGUCAAGAAUGAUCUCUACGAGGUCGAAUUUCGCAGAAGUUGUCUGGAUGUUUGUUCAUUGGCUUCCUGUCGCAGUUCCUCUUCAGCCGAGAGCAAUUACGAUGUACCAAGAAGGUUCUUAUCAAAAUCUGAGAACGAACUGAGAUUGAAUUCGGAGGGGAAACAGAAGGAUCAGCCUGUUUACGACGUUCCAAGAUCCACUGUACUCGAAAGACCCAAGUCCACUGGCUACGAGGACAUUGUCUCGUUGAAAAGACAUGCGCUAUUACAAGUUACGGCCGUCCCGAGUUUCUAUGCAGUUCCUCGGGAAUUGGAGGUUCGUUAUGCCACUGUCAAGUCAAGAAACAGCAGCGUUUAUUUGAGUAACAACAUUCUACGAUCCAUGAACGAUUUGACCAUUAAUGAGAUGCGUUCAGCGAUGUAAAAGGUAAUUUUUUUAUAAUAUUAACGACGACGAUGAUGUGCUAAUUUCACGAGAGAAGGUAUGGUAUUCGUCCAUGUUUUAUAUCAUUCGACGAUUUUUUCGUUGCUCAAUUUUUUUGUAGAUAUGGAGUAGUUGAUCGGUGGAAUUGAUAGUACAAAGAUCUUUUAGAAAUUGAUAUAUACAUAUAUUUAAGACUGUUAGCUAGUAACUAUUUUAUCGUUAAGCACUAGGGAACACGAUUCGUGUAAUGUUUUUAUAUACACAUGAAAAUUGUGUACACGUUAUUUUACGAUUGUACCGUAUAUUUUAACAGUUACACGUUUCGAGGGGGGACAAGAAAGGUGUUGCGUGACGGAGUCUCGUAUAUUUUGUGAGAAAUAUUUUACGAGAUCUCUGGAACGCUUUUAUACGCGUAUUUUUAUUCGUAAUUUUUAAUCCAACCGCGUAAUACAAUUUUGUAGGGUAAUUAAUAAUGUCGAGUAUGAAAUUUUCAAUUAAACGCGGUUACAAAUGGGUUAAGAAGAUUGAUGAAUUCCAAGGAGAAGGCCGAGUUGCGUGUUCGAUAACGUUGUUACAGGGAGUAUCAUAAUUUGUACGUGAUAUUUUUAGAUUUAAACGAAUAAGUAUCCUGUUCGUUUUUGGUAGAAAACGGUAAACGAGGAUACAGGACGUGAAACGGUUUGUAAACACGGUUCGUUAAAGAGGCGAGAGAAAAGAAGAACUUUAGCAGUCUCGAAUGUUUCUUUGCAGAAAUAUUUUCAGGGAACUCGUGUUCAAAUUUUAGGGUAUUAGGUACUCUGUGAUCUCAUUACGUAUCAGUAUUACGUGUAUAUUAAUUAUUAAGAUGACGAAAUAAAGGAAUUGUACAAAUUUAA